AAGACAUUUGAACAAUAUUUUCUAGCCAGCCAAAACGUCUCGUCCAGUAGGCAAAGCCAAGAAAAUUUUCACCAACUACGUACUCUCAGCUCAGACUCCACCACUCUGCCACUUCCCCUUUUAAAAUGAAAAAGUCGCUCACAUUUUCAUUGAGUUUUCAAGCUCUUUUCAUGUCCCCCAUCCAUUAAAUCCCACCUGGGUUUUCCCUCUUCCUUUCUCUUUCUCUUUUCCACCUCCAUUUUCGAUUCGAUUUCAUUAACCCUUCUCAAAUCUCCCUUCAUUUUCUCAUUUUCCAAUCUGGGUUUUUCUUUUCAGUUCAGACUCUUAUAAAAUUUCACCCAAAAAACCAUCUUUUUUUUUUUUUUUUUUUUUUUUCUUUUUUUUGGUUUUUCUGUCUCUGUAUGAUACUCCUCUGUUUUUGUUCUGCAUGUUCUUCUCCAUAACUUUCAAGAUCUAGGAGAGAAAAAAAAAAAAAGGGGAAAAACCCAUUUGUUUUCCAUGGAUCUUGUAAGCAAAAGCUACACGAUCCAUGGCGGUUCGAAAGCUAGUUCACCAAUUACGGGUCCAGGAAACUCACUGUUUCGCAAUUCGUUGCAUUCUUCAGAUAACAGUUUCCCCAUUAUAGCCAUCGCUGUGAUUGGAAUUUUAGCCACGGCUUUCUUGCUAGUCAGUUAUUACAUAUUCGUCAUCAAAUGCUGUCUAACCUGGCACAGAAUAGAUCUUCUGCGGCGGUUUUCGCUAUCGAGGAAUCGACAGCGAGAUGAGCUUUUGAUGGUCUACUCGCCGGAGACAGAGACUAGAGGUCUCGAAGAAUCGGUAAUCAGAUCAAUCCCGGUUUUCCAGUUCAAGAAAGAAGGGGGAAACAAAGUAAGAUUUGGCAACAACAAAAUCAGCUUCUGCGAAUGUGCUGUGUGUUUGAAUGAAUUCCAAGACGAAGAGAAGCUGAGAAUCAUACCAAAUUGUUGCCAUGUUUUCCAUGUUGAUUGCAUUGAUGUCUGGCUGCAAAACAAUGCAAAUUGCCCACUUUGCAGGACAAGUAUUUCGACCAUUCCGAGGUUUCAUCAAAUGGAUCAAAUUGUUGCUCCAAGCUCUUCACCUCAAGAUCCGAGCCCAUAUACAGGGAGUCUCAUUGGUGGUGAUGAAGAUUAUGUGGUAAUUGAAUUGGGUAAUAAUGAAAAUGAUCAUAAUCAAAAUCAUCAUCAAGUGGAUCAUCACCAAACUCUGCUUGGUGGCAGACAAGAAAGGCUGGUGAAUUCAGGGGAAAUGUCAAUUGGUCCAAUAAAUUGUUCACCAAGAAAAUUGGACCAGAGAGUAGAAAAUGCGUCUAAGAAAGGAGGUAGAAAAUAUCGGAAAGUUACAAGUAUGGGAGAUGAGUGUAUUGAUAUUAGAGUAGAAGAUGAACAAUUUUCGAUCCAACCCAUUAGGAGGUCAUUUUCAAUGGAUUCUUCAAAUGAUCGACAGCUAUUUUUGGCAAUCCAAGAAGCUCUUCAUCAUCAGCAGCAGCAAAGGCAAGCGAACAAUAAUGAGGUCAUUAGUCCCAUUGAAGGUUGCAGUAGCAGAAUUAGAAGGUCUUUCUUUUCUUUUGGGCAAGGUAGGGGAUCCAGGAAUGCUGUACUACCUGUUUAUUUGGAGCCUUGAAAAGCAUUUUUUAUUUUUUGAAGUUUACUUAGUGGUUUUCUAUUUUUUUUUUUUCUUCGGUAAGAUAGGAGAUUAUAGAAUUUGUGACAUAAAGAUAUUCAAUUAAAAUUUGAAUCCAUAGCAUUAUUUCUUCUCA